AGAAGUGAAGUAAAGUACAGAUAAAGUGGUCUAGUUUGAAGCUACCACAGAGGAAAAGUUAAGAGCCGGGCCGAGCUCCCCACUGUAGCCAUAGCCACUGUUUACACCGGCUAACAUUGCUAACUAGCUCGGACUGCUUCACUCACGCCAUGUUAUCUGUCUCCUUGCGUUUAGUUUACCAGCUUUCCCCCCCUCCUGUGCACAACAACAUUCACUAUUAUUUAGGCGAGCGUUAACCUCAUCAUUAAACGACGAACACGUCUUAUGUGGAUAAGUUUACUUUUGCUGGCUUAGCGUGCUAACCUUUGAGCCUUGACGUCAGAUGAGGUAUGUAAAUGUCUGAGGACAGGGAAGCCCAGGAGGAUGAGCUGCUUGCUUUAGCAAGUAUCUACGAUGAGGAGGAGUUCCACCGGGCAGAGUCUGCGCAGGGGGGAGAGAUCCAGCUCUGCCUGGAGCUCCCUACUGAUUUCAAAGUAGUAGUCAAAGGAGAGAAGCAAACGGAAUACAAUGUAUGCUUCUUGCCUCCUUUGGUGCUCAACUUUGAGCUUCCUCCAGACUAUCCAUCCACGUCCUCGCCGCUCUUCACUCUCAGCUCUAAAUGGAUGACCAGAGCGCAGAUGAGCGCUCUGUGCAGACGCCUGGAUGAGCUGUGGGAGGAGAACCAAGGCUCUGUGAUUCUUUUCACAUGGAUCCAGCUCCUCAAAGAGGAGGCUCUGGAUUUUUUGGGCAUCAAGUCUCCUCUUGAAGUCAUCAGGGGAGGAAGUAAAGCCGGUGGUGAGCGCAGGAAAACUGACCCUGCAGCCGCAGCUCUGCAGUGCGAGAGUCAUUCUGAAAAUGUUGAGGAGAAGAAAAAAGAAGUAAAGAAGGAAAAAUCUGAACCGCAGUUGUCCUCGUCUUCUCAACUUGACCCGCGGACCGUUCUUUUGAUGGACCCGCGCGCCGACCUCCUACCUCAGCUCCUGGACUUCGACGAGGCGCAGCGGCAGAGGGUUUUCGACGGCAAAGUGUUCUGCUGCGGGAUCUGCUUCGUAGAAAAGCUGGGCUCCAGCUGCCUCUGCUUUAAGGAGUGCCAGCAUGUCUACUGCAAGGCCUGCAUGACUGAAUACUUCCAGAUCCAAAUACGAGAUGGCAACGUUCAGUGCCUUAAUUGCCCUGAGCCCAAAUGUACCUCUGUAGCCACACCGUUGCAGGUGAAGCAGCUUGUGGAUGAGGAGCUUUUUGCCCGUUAUGACCGUUUGCUGCUCCAAUCAAGUCUGGACCUCAUGGCCGAUGUGGUUUACUGUCCCCGUCAGUCUUGUGGCACCGCUGUCAUGGUGGAGCCGGACACAACCAUGGGCAUUUGCUCAGCCUGCCAGUAUGCUUUUUGCACACUGUGCAAGCUGGGCUAUCAUGGCCUCUCCAACUGUAAAAUCCCUGCAGAGGACUUGCGUAACCUCAGAGAUGAGUACCUGUCAGCCACAACUGAGGGGCAAAAGUUCAUGGAGCAACGCUUUGGGAAGAGGGUGAUCCAGAAGGCGGUGGAAGAAUCCUUUAGCAGAGACUGGCUCAAUGAAAACUGCAAAUGCUGCCCCCGCUGUGGAACCAAUAUACAGAAAGUGGAUGGCUGUAACAAGAUGACCUGCACCUCGUGUAGACAAUACUUCUGUUGGCUGUGCUUAGGCCUGCUCAGCAAAGUCAACCCAUACAGUCAUUUUAACAACCCACAAUCACCCUGUUUCAACCAACUCUUCCACGGCGUGGAUCUCGACGAAGAAGAUGCCUUCUGGAGCGAUGAGGAGGACUGACACUAUAGCACAGUACCUCACUGCUAUAUGCUCCAUUUGAAUGCACUUUAUCGCACAUCUCCAUGACUCAUUUUAUAUAUGACAGAUGUCAUGUAGAAAAAGAUCAGGGUCGGCGAGUGCAGUUUUUGUAGAGAGGAACUGUCAAGCUGUGGUAAUUUUUUGGUAAAAGUAGACGUUUUCUAUGAAGAGUCAAGGAUACACACUCUAUAUGUUCAGCCAAUGACUAGUUCAUAGGACUGGUCUGUUAAUAUAAAACUCAAAGCAAGUGAACAGAACAAAAGAAGUGUACAUUUUGGUUGAAUUUCUCUUGAUUAUAAGUUAGGUCUACAGAUCUAGUCUCUCUUCUUAAUUGAGCAUACAUUUCACGAUGAGUUUUGACAUCUCACAGGCUUAUAAGCUCGGUUUGAUCAAAUCAAGGUAUUUACUUUAAGUUAGCCAGCAAUUAUCAGAGUGUUGCAGGGAAAAGAAGGCCAGCACUUUACCUUCUUUAUCAUGUACAAGUAUCCUGCUUUGUUAAUUAAGUAACUCCUCUGGCUAGCUGUCUGUUCCAAGUUAACUUUUCUUCAAACAACCUUCAAGGAGGAUAAUUGAGUAACUCUUACACGCACACACACACACACCGUUAAUAGAGGAUUAAAGCAAUAGAGACAAACCUGGAGAUUUGAAUCCCAUCCAUAUUUCCAAAGCUACUUAAGUUUUGUUUGCUUUAGUUGUAGCUUGUAUUGGUGAACUACCAGAAUGGGAGGAAGAGAAACUCAGUUCUCUAGAGUAUUCUCUGUAUGUUUUAGGGUUGUACUCAUCAUGUGAUUGUUUUUUGUUUUUGUUUUUCUCUGAAAGUCAUGUUUACAUUUGCCUUUUCUUGAUGAGUUAAUUUACAGACAGUGUCUUUUGCACAUCAUAUAAAGUCAGGUAGGUUGACAUCAUUGGUUGAGGGAUGUGGUUUCAUAAUUAGUUUGAGAACGGAAAAAUCAACGCAUUCAAGAAUAAUAAUGAACUAGAUUUGUUCAACCCCUCCUUUGUACAACAUUUAUUUUAAUGUUGCCAAACAUUAAUGUCAAAAGAGUGGCCAUAGAAUUUUGUCUAGCGAUACAAAUAUGAUUUUGUAUAAUGUUAAUUUAUUUAUUUUCUGUUUUUAUUUUAUGAGAAAGGAGAGUAUCUCAUGCAAUGCAGCUCUGUUAAAAAAUUGAACCCUGCAUCAAAACUACCUUCUUUUUUUUUCUCUCCCCAACAGUGAAUGAUUUGUUCCUUACUGCUUUAAAAGUUCAGGGUGCUUUCAGGAUUGAUGGUCCAGUCUGGACCGGUGAAAAGACAAUCUCUCGUAGUCUUGAAACACACACUGUGAGAAACGCCUCACGUACAUAACCUGCAGAAUUCUGUUCAAAUGCAUUCAGCAUACUGUUCCUCAAAAUAAAUGUUACCACUUAACAUUUAA